AUGGGGAACGUAGACCAUUCGACGAUACGUCCGCCGCUGCCGCCGCCGCCGCCGACGCCUCCGUUUCGGCCUCGGCGCUCAAGACUUGGCACGGAUCUGGCGAUUAUCGGCGUGCUCAUUUUGCUCAGCUUCGGCAACAUCUACUUGCACGCGCCUCAAAUCCUCGGGUUGGGGCGUCACAAAAGCCACAGCCAAAGCAAUGACUCUCCCUUCGGCCGGUUUCCUCUUCCCAAGGACCCCUUCCGUCUGAUCCCCUGCACGAACGCCUCGGUCCCGCCGCCGCUCGACGACCCUCACCCCGAGCAGACCUGGGCGGGGCUCUUCGACCCGGACCCGUCUCAUUGGAGCUGGGGGAACAAGACGGUUUCCGUCGAGCGGGCUGCCGCCGAUCCUUACUCCGACCGCGGCAUCUACCUCUGCGGCUACCUGGAGGUACCCCUAGACUACACCAACAAGUCGGACGACCGAAUCGUCCGGCUGGCCAUCACGAAGUAUCAGGUCUCCGGAUUGGCCCGCGUGGGCGCACCUGUCGACGGCUACAAGAACCCGCCCCCGGGCGGCAAGAGCCAGCGGACCAUCGUCGUCGAACCCGGCGGCCCAGGCGGCAGCGGAACGUCCUACGUCUGGAGGGUCUCGGAGCAGGUCUCCAAGCGCCUCAGCAACGGCACCUUUGAUGUCCUUGGCUGGGAUCCGAGGGGGGUCAACAUCACCCAGCCGGCCGUGGCCUGCUUUCCCUACGACGUCGACCGGGACCACUGGUCGCUCAUCACCGGGCAGUACCUGGAGGUAUCCGACCCGGAGCGCCAGCUCAACAUCGCGGACGCCAUGAACGACGCGAUUUUCAAGGCCUGCUGGGAGACCCACGGGGACCUCGGCCGCUUCGUCGGCACGGGAAUGGUCGCCCGCGACCUGGAGGAGAUCAGGAAGGCCCUCGGCGAGGACGAGCUGACGGGCUAUCUCGUCAGCUACGGGACCGGCAUCGGCCAGACGUACGCGAACCUGUUCCCCGACAGCGUCGGCCGCAUGAUCCUCGACGGGACCGAGUACGUGCGCGAUCACCGCCUGCUCGGCGGCUUCGGAUGGACGGCUCUCGACAACGCGACGGAUGCGUGGCACGACGGCUUCCUCGGCGAGUGCAUCAACGCCGGGCCGGACCACUGCGCGUUGGCGGAGCCCAGAGACGGAAAGGAGCCCGUCACCCUCAAGCAGCUGGACCGUCGGCUGAGGUCGUUUCUCUCGUCGCUCGUCGACCGUCCCAUCGCCGGAUACACGCAGGAGAGCGGCCCGUCGCUCGUGACGUACUCGGUGCUCACCGCCGCCAUCUACAGCGCCAUGUACAACGCCCAGACCUGGCCGGCCCUCGCGAGGAUGCUGUCCGACCUGGAACAAGGCAACUCGACGCUCGCCGCGGCGUUCCUCGAGAACGCCGCCUGGGAAUACGACCCGGCCCUGCCAGCCACGCCCAACAAGCGGCCCUCGUCAGACGAGCUCGGCUUUCUCGUCAUCUGCGGCGACUCCUACGACGCGCCCCUUCCCCCAGACGGCCUCGACUGGUGGGGGUCCCUCUGGGCCAACAUGACGGCCACGUCCUGGCUCUCGGGCAACUCGCGCUUCUACGACGUGUUCCCGUGCCAGCACUUCACAAAGUACUGGCCCGAGCCCGCCGGCGUCUACCGCGGCGGCCUCGACCACGCGCUCCGGAACCCGGUGCUCCUCAUCGCGGAGACGCACGACCCGGCGACGCCGCUGCGCAACGGCCGCCGGCUUCUGGCGGAGAUGGGGCGCGACAACGCCAGGCUGAUCGCGCACCACGGCUACGGGCACUCGUCGAGGGACACGUCGCGGUGCACCGACGCGAUCGCCAGGGCGUACAUCCUCGACGGGACGCUGCCCGACAAGGCGGAGACGGCGUGCUAUGCCGACGAGAAGCCGUAUUUGUAUGGCGUCAAGGACGGCGGCGUGAAGGACAUGACCGUGGGAGGCUUGGAUCCCGUCGGCGUGUGGCGUGAGCACCUCCGCGAGAUGGAAUUCAUGAAGUAG